AAAAGCCUGUAAAGCAAGAGUCGGCUUUGCUCAGACUCCCAGUCAUGGAUUUCCACCCAGACGAGCCCAAGACCAUGAAAAUAAUGUCUCCCCUAUUCGUUCGCUCUCGCUCUAUUCCUCUUCUUCUCCUCUCCCUUCUCUGUUCCAUCUCUACAACCUUAGCUCACAAUAAUGAAGACCCAACAACCAAAACCAUGGAGGAUUUCUCUGGUUAUGCGAUUCAUGAGCCACCUCACUCAUCUAUCACCAACACUCUACCUUAUUCACUUUCAGUGGACACCCAAAGUAUACAGAAUCAGAUUGAUGAGCUCUCAACUUUCUCGGAUUCUCCUGCUCCAUCAGUCACUAGGAUUUUGUACUCAGAGAAGGAUGUAUUGGCCCGCCGGUACAUCAAAAAUUUGAUGGGACUCUCUGGCCUAUCUGUUCGAGAGGAUGCAGUCGGUAACAUAUUUGGCCGAUGGGAUGGUGAUGAACCAGAGCUUGCUCCAGUAGCAACAGGUUCUCAUGUUGAUGCUAUUCCAUACUCUGGGAAGUAUGAUGGAGUUGUUGGUGUUUUAGGUGCAAUUGAAGCCAUUAAUGUGCUUAAAAGGUCUGGGUUCAAACCUAAAAGGUCGCUGGAGGUUAUCUACUUCACCUCGGAAGAGCCUACACGAUUUGGAAUCAGCUGCUUGGGAAGCCGCUUGUUGGCAGGUAUUGAGACACUUGCAGAAGCUCUGAAGACUACAGUCGAUGGUCAAAAUAUAUCAUUCUUCGAUGCUGCUAGAUCUGCUGGAUAUGCAAAAGAUCAAACUGACUUAACCAGUGUGUUUCUGAAGAAAGGAAGCUACUCGGCAUUUAUUGAAUUGCAUAUAGAGCAGGGACCAAUUCUGGAGGAAGAAGGCAUUUCUAUUGGUAUUGUUACUGCCAUUGCAGCCCCUGCAAGUAUUAAAGUAGACUUUGAAGGUAGUGGAGGCCAUGCAGGUGCUAUGUUGAUGCCAAAUAGAAAUGACGCGGGGCUGGCUGCUGCAGAGUUGGCACUAGCUGUUGAGAAACAUGUUUUAGAGUCUGGGUCCAUAGAUACUGUUGGUACAGUAGGAAUUCUGGAGCUGCAUCCUGGAGCAAUCAACAGCAUUCCAAGCAAAUCACACCUUGAAAUUGACAUACGAGACAUUAAUGAACAAAGAAGAAAUCAUGUAAUGGAUAGAGUCCAUCAGUCUGCAGUUGCAAUUGCACAAAACCGAAGAGUCAAGUUGUCUGAAUUCAAAGUCAUAAAUCAGGAUCCACCAGCCCUUUCUGACAAAUCAAUAAUUGAGGCUGCAGAAUUGGCAUCAAAAGAGCUAAACCUAACAUACAAAUCAAUGAUAAGCAGAGCAUAUCAUGAUUCACUGUUCAUGGCAAGGAUUUCUCCAAUCAGCAUGAUAUUCAUCCCAUGUUACAAAGGAUACAGCCAUAAACCUGAAGAAUAUUCCUCCAUUCAGGAUAUAGCGAACGGGGUCAAUGUAUUAGCACUGACCCUUUCCAAGUUGUCCCUGGACUGAGAUUCUUUAGUAGCCGCUAAGAUUUCAACCAAGAUUGUGCUUCCUUAUAACCUCUGCGCCUUCGGGAGUGGGAUUACUUGUAUGUUUGUGAUUAUCAAUAAAUCUUUUUUUGGGGUUGUGUAUUUGAUGCGAAGAUUAUUGAAAAGCCAGGCUUAUUGUUGAGCAAACUUUGAACUAUUUUGCUUCUAUAUAUUAAUAGGAACCCUGUCACUCCAA